AUGUUCCAAGACGUUCCCAGUUUCAUGAUAGCCGAACAGUCGUGGGGUAUUUUCUGCACUCAGCAUAGCCAGCCAUCAUCAGAUUCUUCGGAAGCUGGUCUCAGACAAGCUGUUGCUAUUCAGCGAGACCGUUACGCAAAGAAAAAGAAAAGAAUUUCUGCUGUGACACCACCAAUUCCCGGCAGUCUGGACCCAAGAGAGGUCCCUCGGGAAGCACCGACCUGA